GAAAUUGACACUAUUUUAGGUUCGUCAAGGCUGCAAUGCUUCGAAGACAGACCUUCGUUGCUGUACGUUGAAGCUAUCUUGAGCCCUAUAUUACCACUAGGUAUGCAUCAUCACAUCAACACUUGUUUUGUGUACUCCGUUCAUUCAGGGAUCUAG